ACGCGGGGGAAGUGACGUAUGCAGGGGCGGCGUAGCCGGGGACGACUGGGCGGACGCAGGCGAGCAUGUCGGCUCUAACUCGGCUGGCGUCUUUAGCAGCCGUUGGUGGCCGCCUUUUCAGAAGUGGCCGCGCACGGGCUGCUGGAGACGGUGGCGUCCGUCAUGCUGGUGGUGAUGUGCACAUUGAGCCCCGAUACAGACAGUUCCCCCAGGUGACCAGAAAACAGGUGAUCUGGGGCGAGACCUUAAGUGCAACCAUGUGGUUCUGGAUUCUGUGGCGCUUUUGGCAUGACUCAGAAGCCGUGCUGGGUCACUUUCCGUAUCCUGAUCCUUCCCAGUGGACAGAUGAAGAAUUGGGUAUCCCUCCUGAUGAUGAAGACUGAAGGUGUAGACUCAGACUCACUCAUUACAAGAUCCAGGUGAGGAUUUCAAGGAUUAUCGACUUCAUAUUGUACAUUAAAGUUACAAAUUAAAGUGGCUUGGUCAAGAAUGAGAA